AUGGGUUUGCCAAGGCAAGUCGGCAAUGUUACACCUUUUCGCAUCAUCGCCGAUGUAGGCGAGAUGGUCAUCCUCCCUCCAGAGUUUGUCAACGGUAUUCGCAACGAAGCUGACCUUGAUUUCAUGGAAUUUGUCAACCAACAAUUCUUGUCAGACAUUCCUGGAUUUGAGACAUUCAAAACAGGAUUAUUGACUACUCUGGUCACCGACGUAACCAGAGUCAAGAUCACGCAGUCUCUUGGAAAGGUCACGGAACCGCUGGCCAACGAAUGCGACCAAGCUUGCCGAGAGAUCUUCGGGGAAUCCAAAGAACGGAAGGAAAUCAUACUCAAAUCUGCCCUCUUGGAUCUUGUUGCGCGCAUCUCAUCUCGCGUGUUCCUCGGCGAAGUGGGAUGCCGCAGUCCGGCCUGGCUCAACAUUACCAAGGAAUUCAUUGUGAAUAGUUUCAUGGCUUGUGUUGAGCUCCGGAAGUACCCUCCUGGAAUCCGUCACAUUGUUCAUUGGUUUUUGCCAGAGUGUAAGACUGUACGCACGCAAGGGCAAACGGCACGAAAUAUCAUCAACGAAAUCUUGGCAGCGCGCCAAUCGGAAGAUCAACAAAGACUUGACAAGGGACUGAAGCCUAAGGUGCGAAAAGAUGUGAUCGAGUGGUUCGAACAGAUGGCCAAGAGUCAAAGCUACGACAUAGGACGAGCACAGAUUGCUCUCGCCAUGGCUGCUGUCCACACCACGACCGACUUCCUGACUCAGACCCUUUUCGAUAUCAUGGACCAUCCACAGAUUAUCCCUGUUCUCCGUGAGGAGAUCGUCACGGUUAUUAGUCAAGACGGCUGGGAGAAGACAGCGCUCUAUAAGCUCAAGUUGAUGGACAGUGUGAUCAAGGAAAGUCAACGCAUCAAGCCACCCAACGUCGUGAGCAUGAACAGGCUUGCCUUGAAAGACGUCAAGCUUCCCGAUGGAUCGAUUCUUCCUGCGGGAAGCAAGAUGGGGAACCCUAAAUUCUGGGAUGGAUAUCGAUGGCUUCGAAAGCGCCAACAGGCGGGACAAGAGAACCUGCACCAGCUUGCCACAACAUCACCACAGCACAUCGCUUUUGGACACGGAAAGAAUUCAUACCCUGGGCGAUUCUUUGCUGCUAAUGAGAUCAAGAUUGCCUUAUGCUUCUUGAUAAUGAACUAUGAUUUCGAGUUGACGCCGGGUGUGAAGCCCGAGGCUGUGUUGUCAGGCAUUCAACUCGACUCCAAUCCAACUGCAAAAGUGCAAGUCAGGCACCGCGAACCUGAGUUGGAAUUGGUGUCUAUAUUGAAGAAAGGUCCCCAAUAA